AUGAAUCCAUCCAAAAUCGGCUAUUAUUUUCAUCACUUUCCUAUUACAAAAACCUUGGUAAAUAGUAGUAAUAAACGUGAAGCUGAAAAUAAAGAAAACGCAAAGCCAUGUUCUACUAGUAAUAGUAGUAGUAAUAUUACAUCAAUUAAUUUUUCCACUAGAAAAAACGAAGAUGAUAGAAAAGAUUUAACAAUCGAAGGAUCACAUUCAUCUCUUACAUCAUCUUCUGAACCUUUGUCUUCUACUCCGAACGUUAGUGAUUACGGAUUAAAGAUUUGGACAUUAAAAAAUUUUGAUAUUGGAUGUGGACUUGGUAAAGGACAUUAUGGACGUGUUUAUCUUGCAAGAGAGAAAACAAGCGGAUAUAUUGUUGCAUUGAAAGUGGUGUCUAUAUCGGAAAUUAUCAAAGCUAAAGCUGAAAAACAAUUAAGAAGAGAGAUUGAAAUACAAAGUAAUCUAAGACACCCAAAUGUUAUACGUCUAUAUGGACAUUUCUAUGAUGAAACACAUGUAUUUCUGAUUCUUGAAUACGCAGCUGAAGGUGAACUUUAUAAGCAUUUAAAAAAGUGUACCAAAUUUACUGAAAAACGGGCGUCAAGGUAUAUUGCUCAGAUCGCAAGCGCUUUAGUUUAUCUUCAUCAAAAGCAUAUUAUACAUCGCGAUAUCAAGCCUGAAAAUCUUUUGUUGGAUUUUAAUGAUGAACUUAAAAUAGCCGAUUUUGGUUUACGCACAACAUUCUGUGGUACAUUGGAUUACCUUCCACCAGAAAUGAUCGAGUGUCGAGCACAUAAUUCAAAAAUUGAUUUGUGGUCUCUUGGAGUCUUGUGUUAUGAAUUAUUGUCUGGCGCUGCACCAUUUGUGGAAGAGGAUUAUUCUGCUACGUAUAAAAGAAUUAGAAAAGUUGAUUUUAAAAUGCCUCAACACAUUUCGGAAAAUGCUAAGCACUUGAUCAGAUCGCUUCUUCAAAAAAAUCCUGAUAAACGAUUACCUUUGGAAGAAGUCUUGAAGCACCCUUGGAUCUUAAAGCAUAAGAAACCAACCUGUUUCCAAUAA